CAUUUGUCUAUCAAAGCGGCUUGACGAUUGAGAGGAAGUUUUAACAGAUAAAUCGGAUAUAAUAUACCGGAUAGAGGUUUUGUUGUUGUUGUUGAUGUUGUUUAAAUCUUGGAAGCCCUCUGCCUCUGAUAAAGUUAAGUUCCAUUUUGAGCCAUGACGGGACGUGCUAGGGGUAGGGCAAGGGGUCGAGCCCGGGUAACAGCAGAUGAACCUGCCCCUAGGCCAGGGGAGGGUCCUGUGCAACAACAGCAACAACAACAACAACAGCAGCAACUACCACAGCAAGAGUUGUAUAACAGACAAGCAGAUGGAGGCCUGCACCCAGCCAGCAGGCGAGCUGCUUACAGAGGUGGUGCGCGGGCACAGCACCCGGGCAUAGAGGGUGCGGAGGCCCAGGCACCAGUGCAUGAGAUGUCUGCCCUGGAACUGGGGGAAAGAGCCCAGGAGCGGGAUCCUAAGACUAUGAGACAAGAAGACAAAGUUGGUACUGCUGGUCUACAGGUUCCCCUGAUGACCAACUACUUCAGCCUAGAGCACAACCCCGACUGGCACCAGUAUCAGUACCACGUCACCUUCACCCCGGAUAUACAAUCUAUAAAGCUGAGAAAAGCCCUUCUCUACCAACAUGAGGAGCUCCUUGGGAGGACACGGAUAUGUGAUGGGAGCAUUUUGUAUAUGCAGCACAGGCUUCCAGAUGAUGUGACUGAGGUGGUAUCACAGAUGAGACAUGACAAUUCCAUUGUUCAAUUGAAGAUCAAACUGACCUGUGAACUCCAACCCAAUGAUCCACAGUGUAUUAAGGUCAACGAUAUCAUUUUAAGGACAGUAUUAGGCAAGAUGGGUAUGAAGUUGAUUGGCCGCAACUACUAUAACCCAGAACUAUCGAUCCCCAUUCCACAACAUCGGUUAGUCAUCCUCCCAGGGUUCGUAACGUCCAUCGUUCAAUACGAGAGUAAAGUUUUGCUCAACUUAGACUUAUCACACAAGAUCUUACGCUCCGACACCGUCCUUGACAUUAUGUACGACCUCCACCACCGCUUCACUGAGUUUGAACAUUUCAAGACAGAAUGUUUGCGUACACUUCUCGGAACAAUUGUUCUCACAAGAUAUAACAACAAAACAUACCGGGUGUCUGACAUUGAGUGGCACAAGAAUCCCAUGGACACUUUCAGACUUCAUGAUGGCUCAGAAAUAACGUACAAGGACUAUUACAUGCGGCAAUAUGAGAUUACCAUUACCGAAGAGUCGCAGUACCUACUUGUGAUUCGCCCCAGCGCCAAGGACCGACGGCGCGGACAGACUGACAACAUUUUCCUUGUACCAGAGCUUUGUGUUCUCACAGGCUUGUCUGAUGAUGCACGCAGUGACUUUAGAGUGAUGAAGGAUGUAGCUCAGUACACGAGAAUAGACCCUACACAGCGAGUACGAACACUAGAGAGCUUCAUGAGGCAGCUCAACAGUAACCAAACAGUAACUUCAUUCCUAGGAUCCUGGAACCUGAGGCCGUCAGAGUCUGUCAUGACCCUGCAGGGCCGGGUCUUGCCAAAGGAGGAAAUAAGACAGCCAGAAGGAAAUGUGCUGAAGUAUGACCAAGAACGGGCAGACUGGAGUCAGGACAUGCGAGGAAAGAGCAUGAUUACUUCAGUCGAUAUGAUCGACUGGUUGGUCGUUUUCACACAGCGGACAAGAAACCAGACCCAGGAGUUUGUGCAGACUCUGUCCCGCGUGGGCCCACCAAUGGGCAUGAGAAUUAACAAUCCCAUUCCGAUUGAACUUCACGAUGAUCGGAACAAUAGCUAUCUCCAGGGCAUCAAGGAUAAUCUAAAUGGUAGAAUACAGAUGGUUUUGAUCAUUACCCCUACAAACAAGAAGGACAGAUAUGACGCCAUCAAAAAACUAUGCUGUGUCGAUCAUCCAGUUCCUAGCCAAGUGGUGGUAGCACGUACUCUGAACAAGAAACAGAUGAUGAUGUCGGUAGCAACAAAGGUGGCUAUACAGAUGAACUGUAAGAUGGGUGGCCGGGUUUGGGCCCUGCACAUCCCGAUGAGCGGCCUGAUGGUUGUUGGUCUAGACACGUACCAUGAUUCGGCCAAGAAGGGUCAGUCGGUUGGCGGGUUUAUUGCGAGUAUGAAUCAAGAUCUCACACGCUACUUCAGUCGAUGUACGUUCCAGGAGAGGCAUCAGGAAAUGGUUGAUAAACUCACUCCUUGCUUUGGAGCUGCCCUGAAAAAGUACCAUGAGGUGAAUGGCAGGCUCCCUGAGCGCAUCAUCGUGUAUCGGGAUGGUGUUGGGGAUGGACAGCUGGAGGCUGUGAAAGAACAUGAGAUUCCGCAGAUGAUGGAGGCUUUCACACUGGCUGCGGGUACGAAUUACAAACCAGGGGUUGCCUUUAUUGUGGUCAAGAAGCGUAUCAACUCAAGAUUCUUUGCCAAGCAUGGUCAAAACCUGGUCAACCCCGCCCCUGGGACCGUAAUAGACAACACCGUCACUAAACCGGACUGGUUCGAUUUCUUCCUGGUGUCACAGUCCGUGAGGCAAGGAACGGUGACUCCAACUCACUACAACGUGAUAAAAGACACAAUCGGAAUGAAGGCGGACCACUUCCAAAGGCUUUCAUAUAAACUCUGUCACCUUUACUAUAACUGGCCCGGCACCAUCCGAGUACCAGCCCCAUGCCAGUAUGCUCACAAGCUGGCCUUUCUUGUGGGACAGAGCAUCCAUAGGGACCCAGCAGUUGAGUUGUCUGACAAGCUGUUUUUCCUAUAGGCUCUGGAGAAAAGUUUCAUAAUGGAUUCUAGACUCUGGAGAAAAGUUUUAUAGUGGAUCUCAAGGUGCAGUGGCAAUCAAUAUUACAGGACAUUUCAGGGAUGACCUCAGAAUGUGCAGCUAUGCAAACAGCAAUAUUCUCAGGGUUUAACAAUUUGUUGAAUUGUGUUAUUUAAGUGUUGUUUUGUUUAGAAGCCAAUUGUAUUACAAUUCUCUCCCUUUGUGUUUGCAUGCUUUGAAGUGUUUUGAUAUGAAAAAAUGAUGAAAGCAAGGGGGGGGGGGGUCAAUGAGGGUUAUAAGGUGGAACUGCAAUUAUCUUAAAUAUGUAUACAUUUCGCAAAUGGAAAAACAAAAACAUACAGAAAAAAUAUUUCUUCAGUUUUGAAUUCAUUUUGAUACUGGCUUAAUUUUAAGAAGCAAAAUAACGGAAUUAAAAUAAUUUUUGAAAAAAAAAUUCCUUCUAUGUUUAUAACAAGUGAUAUCAGGAAUUAACAUUAUUUAUAUUUCGUACAUUACCUAUGUUGAUUAAUAUUUGAUGAAAUCAUGUUAAAUAUUUUUUUAAAUGUAAUACCAUUAUAUACCUGCUGUUUAGACUGUUUAUUUUACGGAUAAUAUUUCUAUUUAUCUAUUUAUAAAUCAGUUUAUUAUGCCCCCCUUCGAAGAAGAGGGGUAUAUUGCUUUGCACAUGUCUGUCGGUCGGUCAGUUGGUCGGUCAAUCCGUCAGUAGACCAAAGCUUGUCUGAGUGAUAACUCAACAAUUCCUUGACAUAUGGUCAUCAAAUUUGACAUGAAGGUUGGACCUGACCAGUAGAUGACCCCUAUUGAUUUUAGAGCUCAUCGGGUCAAAGGUCAAGGUCACAGUGACCUUUAAUGGAUGAAAGGAUUUUAAAGCUUGUCCGAGUGAUAACUCAACAAUGCCUAGACCCAUGGUCAUCAAACUUGAUAUGUAAGUUGGGCCUGACCAGUAGAUGACCCCUAUUGUUUUUUUUGGGUUAUCGGUCAAAGGUCAAGGUCACAGUGACCUUGAAUGGUAAAAGGUUGUCCGAGUGAUAACUUGACAAUGCCUGCACUCAUGGCCCUCAUACUUGACUUGGAGGUUGGGACUGGCCAGUAGAUGGCCCCUUUUGAUUUUAGGGGUCAUUGGGCCAAAGUUCAAGGUCGCAGUGACCUUGAAUGAUAAAAGGUUGUCUAAUGAUAACUCAACAAUGCCUGCAGCCAUGACCCUCAAACUUGACUUGGAGGUUGGGCCUGACCAGUAGAUGACCCCUAUUGAUUUUAGAGGGCAAAGGUCAAGUCACAGUGACCUUGAAAGCAAACUCGACAAUACCUCGACCUAUGGUCAUCAAACUUGACAUGAAGGGUUGGGCUUGACCAGUAGAUGACCCCUAUCGACUUUGGGGGUCAUUGGGCCAAGGUCAAGGUCACAAUAACCUAUAACUCAGAAAAGUUUACAAAUCUUCUCCCAGUGAUAUCUCAACAAUGCAUGAACCUAUGAUCAUCAAACUUGACAUGGAUGUUGGGCUUGACCAGAAGAUGACUCUUAUUGAUUUAAGGAGUCAUUGGGUCAAAGGUCAAGGUCACAGUGACCUUAAAUGGUAAAAGGUUGUCCGAGUAAUAACUCGCCAAUGCCUGCACCCAUGGCCCUCAAACUUGACUUUGAGUUGUAUCUGACCUGUAGGUGACCCCUUAUGAUUUUAGGGGUCAUCGGGUCAAAGGUCAAGGUCACAGUGACUUUGAUAAAAAAAGCUUGUCUGUGUUAUAACUUGACAAUGCCUGCACCCAUGGCCACUUCACAUUUAGGUUUUUGGUGACCAGCUGAUGACUCCUAUGGACUUUGAGGUCAUAGAGUCAAAGGUCAUGGUCAUUACACACUCUAUCCUCACACUUGAAUGGUCAUAAUCUUAAAACUGCCUUAACGGCAACCGACAUCAGUGACAAAUCAGCUGUCAUAUCGGUCCAUGCAUAUUUCAUUCGAUUGUCCAUAUAAUCGUGACAACAUGGCGCUUAGGGGGAGCAUAAUGUUUGACAAACAUCUCUUGUUUAUUAAUGCAUUUAUUUGCUCACUAAUAUAUGCAAUACAAAUACUGUCAUAUUAGUCAGGUACAGUUACUCUGUUUUCCUUGUACUGUAUCUAUUACAUGUAAACGUAUAAGACUACUCAUAACUAAACCAUUUCUCAACUACAUAUUUAUAUAGCAUUAACACACUUUAGAAAUGAUAUUUUUUACAUAUGUUUAAAUGUUUUGUCCUAGGUCUAGUGUGUUGUCAUGGAGAUCAGAAAUCUAGUUGCUGUAUUGGAUAAAUUACCCUUUUUUCUUCCAUCAAUGUUAGAGUACCGUACAUUGAACUUCAUUUGUAUGACUAUGCAAACAUUUUCAUUGAAAGGUGUUAUUUUCUUGUUAUGAUACUGCAAAUUUCAUGUACAUUGUUGUGUGUGUCACAGACAGCAGAACCAAAUUUUUCUGUUAUUUGUAAAUGUCUUUUUUAUAAAAUUUAUAAGAAAUACAUUCAUGUAUUUUGUUGUUAUUAUGGAUUUUAGAUGUUUAUGCAAAAAGUUGUUGUGAUUUUUUUGAAAAAAAAGCAAGUAUGAGAACUUUCGGUUUGAAGAAAUUUUAAUAUUUUGUAGUUUCUGUUUAAAGAUGAGGGCUGGAUUUUAUAUAAGGAAUACUUAAUCAAAAUACAGUCACUGCACGGCGUUUUACCCCAUUCAUUUAAAAUUGUUGAAUAAACUGUAAAGCAUUCUCAGAUUGAACAUGUCUGAGCUGAAAUGAUAACAUUUGAAUGAAAAUCAAAAAAUUUAUCAUGAAAAAACACCUUGUCCCUACAGUAUUUUAACCACAUGUAUUUGUUGUUACUUUAUUUACUCUGUCUUAAAUGACAUUCUCAGGAAUAGUUGUAGACAUAUCGACAAUUGCACUUUGAAACUGUGUAUUAUGUUUUUAUUCUUACCAAACAGUGCCUUCUUGGUUGUGGAUUUUUUUCUUACAGCUACGCAUUUUUGUCAAACAAUUUUUAUUCAUGUUUUAUGUGUUAGAUUUUUUAUCUGUAAUUAUAUUUUAUAAUUUAAUACUCUUUACAGUGAUUUAUAUAGACUUAUCAGUGAAAUAAAAAUGAUAUUUCACAAUUUUAAACAGUAAAAAAAGAAGGUAUUUUUCACUGUUAUGAAAUUGUAGUAAAUAUUUCGCUUUUGGCUAUUCCAGCUGUGAAAUAUUAUAUUAAUAUUUAUUUAUACCUGUAUGAUAAUAAGAAAUGCUCUGUACCGUUGUUCAGUAUUAUAAACAAGGUAGAAAUCUCAUUUUCAAUUUAUCAUCUUCAAUGUGUAACAUAAAAUGUACACAUGCAUAACAUUCAAUUAUUAGAAUGCAUUGUCUGCAGUUUAAGCAGUGUUAUUCCAUUUAAACAUACACCCCUAACAAGGAAGGCAAAACAAAGAAAUUCUGAAGGGGGUGGUUUGAUUUUUGAUUCUUAAAGUUUAAAAGAACUUCUAGAGGGUAAACUGGCCAAGUUUUAAAGUGCCUUCCUGUGGUCGGUUGUAUGUUUAAAUAAAAUAGUAUUAAGUAUUUAUGCAGAGCCAAUUGAUUUUUCCAAUUUUCAGAAUGAAUUCAUGAAUCAAGUGUUUGUGUAAUUUUACUGCUCUUGGCUAGCUUUCCUGGCUGCUAUUUUUCAUCUACUUAUUUGCAUGAGUCUUUGAGUUUGUAUAUUUAAGUAAAGAAUAUCUCAUUAAAAUUUUAUGGAUUGGUUAUCUCUUCAUUUGAAAAAAAAUAUUAUAAAGGAUUUACCCCACUUUGAAGUUUUAAAAGAACAGUUGAUCUGUAUAAGCGAUAUAAAUAUUGCUAAGGUAUAAUAAUUGUUGGCAUGUUAAACACAUGUUGAAGAGUAAACUACACGUUAAAGAGUAUACUAAAAUUAAUGAAAAACAUAUUUUCCCCUAAAUUUUUGUUGUCAAAUACUAGCUUGUCCAACUUUUAAGUAUUAAAAGUUGUAUGACUUGUUCCUAUCUAUGCUUCUGGAUAUUAAUUACAGCCAUUUAAUUUUGGGGUUGUUUUAAUUUUGUUUCUGGAGUGCUUGCAAUAUUUUUCAUGUUUUACAGUUUGGUUAUUCAUCCUGAUAUAUUUGAUCUUAGAUGUUAAUGUUUGCUAAAUUGUUAGAAUAUAUUUUAGUCGACUAUAA